AGGUUCUUCAACAACACCAAAGAGCUAUUUUUUUUUGACAGACCUUUGUGUCAGUGUGUCUGGUCGGUAUGUUUUCAUUCACUAGCUCGGCGCAGACCCGCAGGGGGUGGUGGUGAAGAGAUCUAUGCUGCCGUGCGGUGCGUCACCUACACAGUGAAAAUCUUUUAAGCCGGUUAGCUUACCGGGUAAGGGCCGGCAGGCAAAGUCGCGGAUUUGUGUUGUUUCGUGUGAGUGUGUGGUAUUUUGUUGUGUUGUUUUUUUUUUUUUGCUCGCCACUGGGCACACACAUGUUUUGUGUGUGGACCAAACAGUUCAGUCUCAGUUCGACAGUGACCGAAGACGCAGUAGGCCGUACUAUACCAUACCAGCCGACUGGCAGAGUUCAGUGCGUUCGAGCGCGUCACAAGCAAGGUUUCGAAAAGCUCCCUGCUCCUUCCCUCCACCUGAAAUGUCAUUCGCGGUAACCGAAACGAACUAGGGAGAGCGUGUGCGUUUGAAAGCGUUCGCCGUUGUUGAAAGUGCCUGCUGUGCCGGUACGAAGCAGUAUUAGGUUGCGAUCUGAGCCCCUGUCUCCCCUCUCCCGCUCCACGAUGGAUAACUUCGAGCGCAUACUGGUCGAUGUCGACUGCAGCCGGUACGAGGAGGACGCCUUUUCGCUGCUGGACAAAUCGCGCGACGUCAACAUUGUGCGCGACCUGCGCUCCUCCACCGUGUCCGCGUUUGAUCAAACGAGCUUCCCCCAGCUGAACAUCUCCUCCCGGACGCAGCUCAAGCAGCAGCUGUUUCGCGAGCAGAUCAAAAACAGCGAGACGGGCCCGCGGUCGAUGGUUACCUCGCCCGGGCCGCCCGUCCUGUCCGUCCGGCUGCCGCUCGAAAACAUCGACAUCGAGCUGCCGAAGAAGGUGCUGCAGGUGGAGACGCGGCUCGAAAACCCGACCCGCUACCACGUGAUCCAGAAGCAGAAGACGCAGGUGCGCGAGUACGUGACCGCCGCCCUCAAGCUCACCAAGCAGAACCUGGUGCGGGAGUCGUGCCGGCACACGCGGCUCAUGAUACUGGGAAGGUUGUACGAUUCGUUCAUCAGUACGAAGCCGGCGAGCGCGGGCAGCGGUGGAGCCGGUUCGCAGACUGCCCCAGUGCCUGGAGCGGGCGGUGGUGUCACUCCCGCCAACGGGGUCUCGCUUGGUCCAACCGCCGCCCCGAACGGACCGGGCAAGGCAAUGGGCAGCAUGGUGGUCGGUGGUGCGCCGGCGGUGACCGCCGGGUCCGCCCAGUCGUCCGGUACGCCCUCCGCCACGCCCACGAUCGAGCAGCAGCAGGAGUGGCGGCUGGAGAUGAAGCUGUCCUGCCGGUUCGGCAACAAGCUGUACCAAACGUUCGUGGACGAGUUCGACUACGUGCGCGACCUGCUCGGGCUGAUCCGGUUCGAGAUACCGAAGUGGGUGUUCGUGGUGUCGGAGUUUGAGGACGAGAUAUCGUCGUACGAGUGCAACCGGGCGGCCCGGGCGGCACAGCAGGCGGCCGUCGCUGCCGUCGCCGCCGAUCAGGAGUUCCUGGUGCGGCCCGGUCUGGCCGGCGAGAAGGGCUCCAAGCACGAGAAGUUCAUCGAGCCGGAGGUGCGCGAUCGCAUCAAGAAGGACAAUCACAACUGCAGUAGGUAUUUGUGGCGCGCCACGGGGCCUCGGUGGUCCACGGCGCUAUCGAACCGUCAGGGAGCAUUGUAUGGGGGUUUUGCCGGGCUGCUGCUGCUAACGUAUUUGUGCCGUGCCGUGAGUUGGCACGUGCAUCCGCCAUUUGAAGCUAAUGUGAUGAUCGAAACGGUUGUGCAGGUUUUUCGUUUUCCUGCCAAGAGCUCAUCCAGAGCCUGUUCAUAUUGCGUAUGUCAUCUUGUUUUUUUUUUGUGUUUAAAUAACUCUUACCAAACAUUAUCACCUAAUGCUCGUAGCGGCCGGCCGAAAAUUUCUUUCCCCGGCAAGCGGUGUGCCUCUUUUUUGUUUUCCUUUCAUUUUCCCAUUUCUCUUGAGGUGGCAAAACGGGGCGGUCGUCACUCCAGCGGGUCGUCUCCAUCUUCAAGCGCCAGCGCACGCUUUCCUCCCAAACCAGUUUGUCUGACCCGCCCGGCCCGGGCUCGUCGUAGCGGUCGCUAUUCAACCCCAAACUCCAUCGGCCGCGAUAUCGUUUCCUGUAAAUGGUUACAGCAACCAGCACUCGCUCUAUAUGGAUAAAGAUAACCUCAAAGCAAACAAAACGUGCGGUUGUUUAUUUCUAUUGAUGGGCCCGGUUCGUUCACGCAAGGCAAGGCACGCAAGUGCGACCGAAAAAAAAAGAAACAAACGUGGUUGAUCUGUUAUCUGUUCACUCUACUUCACCCCCGCCGCUUUCCACCAUUAUUGCUGCCUAUUGUUGAAGUGUGUGUGUGUUUUUUUCUUUUUGCAUCUAAGCCUCCACCAUCUCCUGGUAUUCUUCGGUAUCGUGUUUCCUGGCAUUUUUCAGUAGAAAGUUUCGCCCGAAUCUUGUCGAGUGCCACGGCUCGCGCUGAACGUUUGCGACGAUUGGUAAGGGAAAAGUGGGGCAAAUCGGGCAUGUUAAGCAGUUUACUGAGUAUUCCUUUGAAUAUGCCACAAAACACAAAUUAUUCUUACACUAUUGCAUGCCUCCAUCAUUUAUCUAUCGUUUAAAAUGGCCACAUAACCCGAAAAUGACUUAAACACAUGAAAAAAGUGUAAAAUAAAAGUUUGAUGUUUUACGAGAUGCUAUUUUGACAUGCGGGGUAAAAUGGAUAUAACCCUGGAGCAAAAUGGACAUUUGUAAACAAACUGUAAAACGUCAAAACACUGGGGCAAUAUGGGCCACAACAACUGCGACUUAGGUAAUGGUCUAUGCUUUUGCGCAGGUUUUGUAAAAUGCAUUCUCGUUCUAUCUUUUGUUUUGCUGUUUAGGAAAGCCCUUAAAACUCUUCCAAAAAUAUGUUAUCAAAAGUAAAAUAGUUUUUACGCGUUUCAAUCUACAAAAUCGAAUAUUUUAAAGAUGUGCCUGUUACCAUUAUUGUGGGGACAAAUACAACACCAUAGCCUCACUCACCAAGCGCUAUACGUCGAAAACAUCUGCCCAUUUUGCCCCACGUGAAGCAUUUUUAUAUUUUUUUGUUUUAUUAGUAAAAAUUAAUAGCAUUGCUUUCUUCGGACAAAUUGUAUAGAAAUAUCAUAUCUGAAAAAAUAUGAAUCGUGAAUCGAAAGUAUAACGAUGGCUGAUACCUAUAUUAGCAUCCUUAAUGAAUACUUUGAGUUAUUUCUUAAAAAGACGGGGCUUGAAAACUAAAAACAUGUUAAUACAGGCCUACAUGCCAACACACAUAAUCAGUAAAUAAAAAAAAAUCAGCUCGUAUCAAA